UAUAAAUGGCAGCUAAAGCGCUUGGGAAAGCACAUCUUCAAGAUGAUGUCUUUCAUGAUAAUUCUUGGGAUGGUGGCUGCAACUGCAGUUGCCAUGCCCACAAAUGUGCCUGAUUGUUCUGGUGAGGGCAGGUUCCCCAACCCAAAUACGUGUGGUGGAUUCUACGACUGCAUACAAGAUGACAAUGGGGGCUAUGAAUUAUCUUUUGAUGACUGUAAUGGAUUCGUCUUCAACACUACCUCCAGGACGUGCAGCAGUGAGAUGUGUCUUUCAAGGAGUGAGCGGAGUGUGACUAAUGCAUAUCCCAGGUACUCUUACUUGUGUGAAGGUCAGCCUGAUGACUUUGUGUGCGCCGACUGCAGAACCAUGGUCAUGUGUGUGAAAGGUCAGGCCUUUGCCCGCCAGUGCAUCAGUGGGAGGUCUUGUAGUAUCAAGGCAGCCUUUGGGGGUGCAGUGUGCUACCCAGGUCAUCCUGCUGCAUGCACCUGCCAGAGCGCGGACUCGUUUGUCCGCGAUCUGUAUGACCCACAGAAGUUCUUCAGCUGCUCUGGCAUCGGAGUACUCCCCGAGAUCCACGUUUGCCCUGAUGGCAUGGUGUUUGACGAGACCCUUGUGCAGUGUCGCAACCAAGCCAGUCUUCCAGCUUGCAGACGGCCUGGUGUCUUUGCAAACCUUGAUGACUGCUCUGAAUAUUACUCGUGCAUCUCGCUUCAAUCUGGGUGGCUGCAGAGGCUGUUCAUGUGCCCAAAUGGAACCUUGUUCAACGAGGCAACGGGAGCUUGUGAAGAUCCUUGCAAGCGGACAAUGGUGUGCUAUGAGGAAGGCAGGUUCCCAGAUCCCCUCGACCGCCGUAGCUACUACGAAUGCCUGAUUAUUGGUGGGCUGAUGAAGCGUGCCCGGUACCAGUGCCCCCAUGGUUAUGUGUGGAAAGCUAACGACUCUGGUGAUGGAGGAGCGUGUGUGGAGGACCACGAGAUGAAUCUGUAUGACUACUUCACCCGCUGUAGCAUUCCACAGGGGAUGUGUCCUGAUGAGACUACAGAUCCCUGUCUGGCAAACAACGGCGGCUGCAAUGCCAAUGCAGACUGCUUAACAAUUAAUGGAGGUGUGAGUUGCACUUGCAGAGCAGGGUACAGUGGUGAUGGAUAUACAUGUAUAGAUGUUGAUGAAUGUGCUGUGGCCAACGGCGGAUGUUCUGCAAGUGCCACGUGUACAAACUCUGAUGGCAGUUUCCAGUGCAGUUGCUCAGCAGGAUACACUGGUGACGGCUUCACCUGCAUUGAUGUUGACGAGUGCUUGGUUGCCAAUGGUGGAUGUGGUGCUAAUGCUUUGUGUAGCAAUACUCCAGGCAGCCGUGACUGCACCUGUAAAUCAGGGUUCACUGGGGAUGGCCUAGUUUGCACAGACGUUGACGAGUGUCUGGUGGCUAAUGGUGGAUGCCAUGCUAAUGCGGACUGUAAAAAUGAUGUUGGUGGCAGAACUUGCACAUGUCAUCCUGGAUACACUGGUGAUGGACUUCAGUGUACUGACACGGAUGAAUGUUUAGUUGCCAACGGUGGCUGUGAUGCAAAUGCCCGUUGCAGCAAUACUCCAGGCAGCCGUGACUGCACCUGUAAAUCAGGGUUCACUGGGGAUGGCCUAGUUUGCACAGAUGUGGAUGAGUGUUUGGUAGCUAAUGGUGGGUGCCAUGCUAAAGCUAAGUGUACAAACACUGCUGGCAGCAGAACUUGUUCUUGCCUUGCUGGUUAUACAGGUGAUGGAAAAGUGUGCCAGCCCCUCAAGUGCCCUGUUGGUUUUGCUGGUGAAGGUGCAGAGUGUGCUCCGGACUCUGACCUUGAUGGCUACCCAGACACUGAACUGAGCUGUUCAAGCAAGUACUGCCGUAAGGAUAACUGCGUCAAUAGGCCCAACUCCGGACAAGAGGAUGCCGAUGGUGAUAAGAUUGGCGAUGCUUGUGAUAAUGAUGCUGAUGGAGAUGGACAUGACAAUAAUAAGGAUAACUGUCCCCUGAUAGCCAACCCUGGCCAAAGCGACAAGGAUAAGGAUAAACGUGGAAAUAAAUGUGACAACUGCCCUGAUGACUCCAACCCCAACCAAAGCGAUAUUGAUGGGGACGGAAAAGGCGACAAAUGCGACAACGAUAUUGAUAAUGAUGGAUUGCUAAAUGGUGCAGACAAUUGUCCUAAGGUAGCUAAUGGCAACCAAGCUGACAGUGAUGGAGAUGGUAUUGGAGAUGCUUGCGACAACUGCCCUCAGCACGCCAACAAAGGGCAAAGUGAUAAGGAUGAAGAUCUCCUAGGGAAUGCCUGUGAUGAUGACGUGGACACUGACAGUGAUGGUGUGGAGGACAGUGUGGACAACUGUCCAAAUGUGGCCAAUAGUGACCAGCAAGACGUAGAUGGUGAUGGUAAAGGUGAUGCAUGUGAUACAGACAAUGACAAUGAUGGUGUACUUGACAAGAAUGACAACUGCGAACUAAUCCCAAAUAAGCAGCAGAAGGAUACCGACGGGGAUGGUUUUGGUGACGCCUGCAGUGAUGACAAGGAUGGUGACAAGGUUUUAGAUCCGGAUGACAACUGCAUUUAUAACCCUAAUGUACACAGCACCGACUUCAGACAUCUGCAAAUGGUGGCACUAGACCCGCAAACGGCAUCUACUCCGGUAUUCGUCUAUGACAACGGUGCAGAAAUUCAUCAGACCGUGAACUCUGACCCAGCUAUAGCAGUGGGUGACCACGUUCUGGGCGAUGUCGACUUUGAGGGGACCUUCUUCAUUGAAGACACGAGUGAUGACGAUUUUGUUGGCUUUAUAUUCGGUUACCAAAGCAAUGCCAAGUUCUAUGUUGUGAGUUGGAAAAAAGCACCACAAAACUGGUUCAACAAGGCCGAGAGAGGCGUUACUCUGAAGCUAGUAAACUCUAACACGGGCCCUGGCACGAAACUUAGGGAUGCCUUGUGGUUCACUGGGUCUACACCAAACCAGGCACAAUUGCUCUGGCAUGAUGGCAGCCUUGGAUGGAAACCCAAGGUUGCCUACCGCUGGCUGCUUCACCACCGGCCUGAUAUUGGAACCAUAAGGUUCUACUUGUACCAGGGAAAUAACCAGGUCAUGGACUCUGGAAACAUUUAUGACAGCACCCUGAAAGGAGGCAGACUGGGACUCUUCUGCUUCUCCCAGGAAGAAAUUAUAUGGUCCAACAUGGAGUAUAAAUGUGGAGAGGGUGUACCCCAGGCGAUGUUCAAUGACUUGCCUGCAAACCUACAGAAUCAGGUUCUGAGCUCUUAAAUUAAUUUCGAGUAAACGGACUAGAUGGUCUUGCACACGGAUCGACACGUCUUG